AUGGACAGUCUAUUAAUACCACCAACACCGUAUACUCCUCUUUCUUCUUCCGAUGAUAAUAAUAAUCCUGUACUUGUUUCAAGAAAAAAACGAAUUCUAAUUGGUUGUCUGAUUGGAUCAACAUUAACAAUUUUAUUAAUAAUUUCAAUAAAAUUAGUUUUAUCGAUGGAAUCACCAGCAAGUUAUAAGACAACGACAACAACAAUAACAACGAUUAUGCUGAAUCAAUCACCAAUAAAUUCUAGGACGACGACACCACCAACGGUUACACUGAAUCAAUUACCAACAACAUCAACAAAUACAGUUUCUCUUUCAUUAAAAUCCUGUCCCAUUCGAGGUGAAAAUGCAAGAUGGAUCAAACCAGGUAUUUCAUUUAUUAAUCCACUUGGUCGAUGUCUUUCAAAUGAAAAUGGAUUAUGCCAGCCAAGAGAUUUAUUUAUCGACGACAUUCAUGAUACUCUCUAUGUAGCUGAUUCAAAAAACAAUCGAAUACAAAAAUACUCACUGACUGAAACAUAUAAUUCAGAAAUAGGUGCAACUGGUAUUACUGUUGCUACUAAAGGUCUUCUUUUUCCACAGUCUGUUUUUGUUGACAUUCGCACAGAAGAUAUGUAUAUUAUGGAUUUCGAUCAAGAACAAACAUAUUAUCCACAAAAUUCAGUCUCUUAUCAAGUUCAUUUAUGGAAAAAAAAUGAUAAUGUUGGAAGAAUUUUGCUCAGUGAAGUAGGAGAAUCUCUAUUUGGAGGUGGCUUUCAUUGUUUUACAUUAGAUAAACAAAUGAAUAUAUAUGUUGGAACAAGGUUUUUUAUUAAAAAAUGGUUGGUAUCGACAAAUUAUACGAAAAAUAUUAUUGUUGCUGGACACGAUGGACAGGAUGCUUGGGCAUCGACUAGUCUGAAUGAUCCAGUUGCAUUUUUUAUUACUGAUGAUUUGACAUUAUAUAUAGCUGAUGGGGUAGGGAAACGUAUUCAAAAAUGGACAGUUAAUGCAACGGAGGGUACUACAGUUAUAGGAAACUUAACGUCUAUCGGGGGAAUAACAAUGGAUUGUAAUGGAUAUCUUUAUUAUACUCAGGCAUUAUAUAGUGUUUAUCAGCUGAAUAUGCUGACAAAUCAGAGUCAAAUGAUUGUUAGUGGGAAGAAUUCGCGAAUAUAUUAUCUUCAACCAGGAGCGAUUAAAAUUGAUAAAUUCGGCAAUCUUUUUUUUAUAGUAGAAAAUCAAAUACAUAAAUUUUCUAUUAUAAAAAAGAAAAAUAUUUGA